AUGCGGUGGGCACUGACUAGACAACGCAUUAACUCUGCAGAGGUUCAGCAGAUAUUGCAGAGACAUCAAGAUAGCAUUCACGCACAAAGUACAUUGUGGCUCUCCAAGGCUCAAGUAAGAGAUUACUACCGGAUACAGUGUCGUGGUGGAGUCACCAUUGAUGCAGAAGGUUUUAAAGGUCGCAGCAUUUUCUGUAUCAGUGAGUAUUCUUCAAACGAAAGGCGAAGACUAUUAUCUAUACAAUCACCUCCUGUUAAUAGGGAUGACAAAUGGUUGUUGUUGACAACGGCGGGUUCCUCCUCUACGUCACUCACUUGGACUCCAGCUACCUUGGAAGAAUACUUUUACGCUUCACUGUUUGCCUGUGGGGAAGGGAUGUCUAAUGAGACACUGCUUGUCGACGCAAAGGUGGCACUUCCAUCAUCUCCAUCACGUACAAUAUCCCUUUUCAACGCCCAGGAGACCUCUAACCCUUUUCUUAUUGAUGAAGCACUUCAACACACACACCUUAUUACUGGUAAACCGUUUUCACACACCAUCUCUAGCGCUCUCUCUACAUUAUGGUCUCAGUUUGGUUAUAUUUCUUUAAAAUGGAUACCACAUGAUGAGAUUUGCAACCUUCAAGGUAUUGCUGUUUCUCCUGGAGAAGAGCCUCACAGAGUCUACGAUCUAGAGCCUGUUGAUCUUGUUCAUUUUACUCAAACAGAUGAUGAAUAUCAGAAAAAUAUUUUGCACUCAAUCCCACGUUGGGCCCUUCUUCAGUCAUUGAAAAGCCCUAUAAUUUUGUUUGGCACACGCUGCCUAACCUGGCGACAAAUGAACCUUGAUAUGGAUAUCAAGGGAAACCGUUGUACCACCACAACUCUAAAUCCUCAAUUGAGAGGAUUUCCAACAUCACAACAUGAUAUUUGGAUUCACUGUGAUCACAACCUUCUCUAUUCUGGUGCACCACAACGUCGUCACAUUGUACACAGAAAACUUUUUUACAACUCCUCACAACUUUUGGUGUAG